ACAACAUUCCCUUCCCGUUAUCAUUCUGCAUGAAAAACUAAAACAAGUGGGGCAAUGGAAGGAACUCAGUCAAUAACUAGAGCGAGAACAACAGGAAAGGAUGGGAAUCAGGUGGCCAGCAAACCUCUGCAUCGCUUCAUCCAAAAUGAGCCCAAAACGCUUGGGAUUGUCAUUCUGAUCUUUGGCUGUGCAGAGAUCCUGAUUGGAUUUAGGAUGGAUCACCUUUCUUCUGUUGGGAUCUACGCUCCCUUCUGGCAGGGAGCACUGUUUCUUAUCUGUGGAUACCUGUCUAUCUACACCGAGAUUCAUCCAUCCAAGAAGAUGGUGACUGUGUGUUUGGCUAUGUAUGUGGCUUCCCUUUUUGGAAUCAUAGUCUCUGUUGGCUACAGGAUACACCUCGUAUCCUAUUAUGCGUACAUUCACUACAUUGAAAUGAUUUUGGUUAUUGAAAGCAUAUUUAUCACUUCCUCUCUGUUGGUGUCGGGGAUUCUCAUCUUCUUGUGUGUCAUCGCACGUUUAGCUCUGAAAUCCACACGCACUCAGGUUAUCGUCCAGCACUUCCCGCCUCCACCGAGUGACACAACAGCAAACUAAUCUCAACCUUCGUAUUAUCCUACAAUAACUCACACUGGUUUUCCUGCAGCACACUUACCCUGUGAAAGAAACAUGUCAUCAUUCGGUACAGUAUAACACAUGUGGAUAUUACACCACCUGUAGUCCAGCCACAGCUAGAGUACGCUUUCAGGUACAGUACAGUGCCGCAGUAAGAAAUGCGUUACUGGAUCACAUUUAUUUGCUUUUGUUAAAGCUUGUUUCGGAAUCAGUAAUAAGUGAUUCCUGUCAUCUUAUGUAAGGAAAACAUUUUACAUGCACUUAUUAAAUGAACAUAGUAACCACUAUUGUUUCUUGCAAGCCGUAUAUGUAUGUCCUCACUGUAUGAGUCAUAUAGUAGUAAACACUUCGCUAUGGUACAUUACUUGGAAUUAAAGCCUCAAGGCGAACAGGUCUAAUCAAUGAAAAUGAUGAGCCAAUCUUAAUAUUGUACAAACAAAAAUGUACACUGUACAGCGAUGUUAGUUAACACUAGUCAUAAUUACAUUUUGGUUUUUUUAAAUAGAAGUACAUUUUACUUCUGUUCCACAAUAUCACAACCUACAAGAAAUCCAACCAUGAAGGUUUAAUCAAUAAAUAUUUUUGCCUGUCAAUUUAUAAGUUGAUUUUAUAUUGUGGAUACUUACUGUUAGAUUUGAACCCUCAUGUCAACAACAUGUCUGAUCAUUAUCUACGUUAUCUGCAUUAUUAUUACAUUGUGUGCAGUAUAUGGGCAUUGUUUUUAAACUCUUCUUGCAGCUUUUGAUAACCAAUGUGAACCUCUGUAUACACUUUUAUUUUGGUUACAGGACAGCGCAUCCACUUGGGAUCGCAACUUUAGUGAUGUUUUAAAGAAAUGACUGUAUGUUUGAAUACAUUUGGCUUUUUAAAUCCUUACAGACAUCCAUCCAGCAUAUUUUUCAAAGCUUACUUUGAUAUAGUUUAUAUAGUUCAGCAUGUUCAUCUAAAAUAAAUCCCGUUGUGCCGUGGGAUUUUUAAACAAUUAGGCCGAUUGCAUUUAACUGUACAAAAGGUUAUGAAGGAUUUUUUAUUUACUUUAUCGGUACUUUGUCCUACACACUUAUUUUACAAUAUAGAAACAAUAGGCUUUAUAUGCGUUGGCCUAAAUAUAAAUAAAACAAUCGUAAAAAGAAAAAAGAAAUCUGUAAAAGCGAACCCCGUUUUAGCAAUUUGCGCAUGGUGGGAAAUAUAAAGGAGGACUAGGUUACAUAACAAUCUCUAGUUCCAUUAUCUCAUUUUUAAUUUUGUGGCAUUUCUAGUUAAAUGGGUGUGUUGCUGCUAUAAUGUGGCCUAAUUUUAGAAUGAAUUAGAUUCUUAAAUUAUUUUGUUAAUAAAUGAUUAAUGAAAUAAAAUAGUUGUCUGUCAAAUGUUGUUUGGCAUUAGCAAAUAAAUAAAUAAAUUCCCAGAGUGAUACUAUGUGUUAUAGGGUAUUUUGCCCAGAUAUGAACACAGGGCUUGGUCUUUGGUGUGCCUUGGCCACAAAAGGUUUGAAAACCACUGAUCUACAUGACUGUGAUAUGAAGAGCCUGCGGGGAAACCUGUUGUCAUCUUUUGCUGGUGAAUGUAAAAAAACUGAUUUUUUUAUUUAGCUCAUAGCUAUGUGUGGUGCAAUAAAUGUAAUGUACAGUAUAUUGUCUUUGUUAAAUAAACAAUAAAAUGAUGUUCAGAGUGCUGAUCAUAUUACACA